AUGGUGAAGGCUCGAUAUAGUGGCGAUACAUCCGAUCUGAAAAGAGGCUUAUGGAGUCCUGAAGAAGACCAGAAACUGAUAGGUUAUAUCAGAAGAUAUGGCAUUUGGAGUUGGACUGAGAUGCCAAAACCUGCUGGUUUGUUGAGAACUGGGAAGAGUUGCAGACUGCGUUGGAUGAAUUACCUAAGGCCAGGUAUUAAGCAUGGAAACUUCACUCAAGAAGAAGAAGAAAUCAUAAUCCAGAUGCAUCAAGAACAAGGAAAUCGGUGGUCCACUAUCGCAGCAAGGCUUCCUGGAAGAACAGACAAUGAGAUUAAAAAUUACUGGCACACCCGCUUGAGUAAGAAAUACUUGAAGAACAAUCCGUUUCCAAAGACUGGCUUGAAAAUCGAAGACGAUCAGAAUAAUCCAUCCGAAGUCGAUUCCAUAUUUCCCAAUGCUCCAAAAGCAUCCAAUUCGGAUGGCUACAAUGAGUCUCCAAUGUCCUCAGAGCUAUCCAUUGAUGAUUAUAUUUCCUCAAGCGCCUCUGAUCCCUCUGGUGAAAUUUACGAAAUCCAGACCACAGAAGAGAACAUCGGUUCAUCUGAAACAUACGGGGAUUUCCAAAGUCUUUUGGAGCUGUCUUUUUCAAUGGAAAACCUGUACGUAUUGGAAGGUUUUGGGGCUACUGUUCAGGGAGACUUUUCAAAGGAAGAACCACAAAUUCUUUUGGAGCAAACAUUUUCAAUGGAGGGUUCAGACGUGAUGGGAGGUUAUGAGGCUAUUCCAUCCCAUGGAAUUGAAGUAUCAACUUCUCAGUGGGGGUUCCAAGAGGGUCAAUAUCUAUUUCCUUCCAACUGUGAAGGUGGCACUGUUUUUGGCCCCAAUUUUUAA